AUGGAUUCUGAUAAUAGUGGAAGUAUGCAAUCUUCAAGUGGUGGUGAAGAUCAAGACCAUGAAAUCUCAAGACCCAGUUCGAUCCCGGGUUACUUGAAUUCUCCGACCCAAUUGUUUGGUUCCUCCCACCCAAUAGUGCACCCUUCUCUCCCUUCUCAUUACCAAAACCAUAACCCCCAACCCACUAACACAACACUUUUUGAUCAUCAUCUCUCAUCUCACAAUUAUACUUAUGAUCAUUUCCACACAGCAUUGUCUCAACCCCAACGAAACUCAUCAAACCCAAAUUUCAUCCCCAACUCAAGAUCCAAUCAACCCAACUCCACCAACCCAGUUCCCAACCUACAAUCUUCAUCAACUACUACUCAAGCUCUCUUAGCUUCUUCAAGAGGAGGACAGACCAACCCCGUUGCCACCCGGAUCACAAAGAAGAGGACAAGAGCUUCUAGGAGGGCACCUACCACUGUGCUCACCACCGACACGUCAAAUUUCCGAGCAAUGGUGCAGGAGUUCACUGGCAUCCCAGCACCCCCAUUUUCAGCCUCAUCGUCAUCACCAUACGCUCGAAGGCUCGAAAUGUUUGGCUCCGGAAUAAGGUCACCUCUCCACCCUUUACGCCCUUUGGCUCAAAAGGUCCAUCAGCCAACCCCAUUUCUAUCUUCUUCUUCUUCUAAUUCUAUUUCUUCAUUGUUGAUGAUGAUGAACAAUAAUAAUAGUGCUAUGGUUGAUGCUACCAAUAUUGCUACUAGUAAUAAUAAUAGUAACAACAACGUUAAUUUUAGUUCAACUAAUUACCAAUUACUAUCUGAUCAUCAUCAAAAUCAAGGCCUCUUCCAAAACAUGCAAAACCCUAUUCUAACAUUCCAACCCCUACCGCAGCAGCCUCCUCCAUUCCACUCUUCCGUCAGUGUGCCCAAUUUUGGGGCAAGACCUAGCCGCCACGGAGUAAUUGGUAAUUUAGCCAUGCAUUCAUCACUUGAGGGCCAUUUGGCUCUGAACCAUCAUGGAUCAUCACCAUAUGUUAACACAAACCAGCUCGGUAGUGGAUCAAUAGACGACAGCCACGUGGCAGCUUCAGAUGGCAAUGAUAGCUGGAGGGAUCAUGGAGUACUUGGAUCGAGUGAUGGGGGAUUAUCAUCACAAGAUUACCAUUUGAGGCCUAGUUUGGACAACUGUUUAGAGAUGAAUAAUGUUAAUUCUACUAUUAGAGGUGAAGGUGCGGUGGACUCGUGGAUUUCUCCGGCUUCAGAUCACUAGAUAAUGUUGAUGCUAGCUGGUCCUAGUACUACUGCUUGAAGGAGAGCCGUUGGCCUUGGUGGUGGUGGUGGUGGUGGUGAUAAUGAAGAGCCUACAUAUAUAACUGCUGUUGUUUUUUUCACUCACCAUUCAAUCAUGCAGUGAGAAUAUAAUCGAGGUAAGAAAUUAUAAAAUCGUGACAAUAUGUAACUAAUAUGAUGCAUCAUCAGUAGUUCAAUUAUAUAUCGUUGUAUAUAGCUAGCAAGGUAUCAUAUCUUCUUAAUUUAUUAUAUGUAGCUCGGACUUAUUUAGAGUAUGUAUGUACAAUACUUGUUUUUUUUUCUUUAUUUUUAUUGUAUUACAACUUACAAAGUAUAUAUUCAUUCCUAUCGUAUUUUCUCCAUUAAUGAUCACUUUUUAAGUCCUCAAAAAUGUGAUUUGGUUACCACUACAAAGAGAAUUAUACAUAUGAAAUAAAAAUAAGCAGAUCAAAGUAGGCCUAGGUAAAUUCCCUUUCUAGCUAGCAUAAGAAUAAUUAAAAAAGUCGAUGCUCUGUGAUUUUUUAUUUUUUGUUUAAUUUUUUUUUUUUAACAAGGCGGACAACUAGUGGCAAGUCACAGUUAUCUACCCCUUCCGGGGGUUGGGAAGACUCACAAAGGCAUUUCAGCCUUCCCAUGGCCACUAGUCUAGCUUCCACACCAGUAGCGGGUGUCGAAUCCGAAACCUCUAGUUUUUAGUUUUAAGAAAGCUCCGUAAUCCGUCAUUUACCACUGAACUACCAGCUUAUGGUUGUCGAUGCUCUGUGGAUGGAGGAAUGGGAAAUAUUUGGUGGAGAUUUCUUGCCGUUGAGUUAAAACAUAUUAUGUAUUACAAGCUACAAGCUUGAAGUAGAUUAUUUGUCUGUGAAUAUAAAGUGAACAGGUUUUUUGUAUGCAUGAUGUCUAGCUGAUUGUUUACUGAGCGAUUUAUGGGUUUUUGUA